UUAUAUUUUUGUCAAAAAUUCGACUCCAUAACUUGACCUACUUUCCCUUUUGGUCAACGAAUUCUCUGUUCGAUCGCAAAUCGAUCAAAUCCCGAUAUACAAAAAAGAAAUCUCCAAUUCGUCUAUACAACAAUUUAAUCUUCCAAAAUGACGACUCAAGGCCCCUCUCCUCUCCCCCCGACAACAAUCCUCUCUACAACACCCCUCUCGCAAUCCGCCGCCCACGACUUCCUCGCCGCCUACCUCGACCGUGCAAACACAGACCCUGCCCUCCAACCCAACGCAGGUAUCAGCGAGCAUGGUCCUAUUUCGCGAACCACCGCAUCAGCACCGAACCUUAUUCUGCAUAAUCUGAAGCGCGUCCAGGCUGGUCUGGCUGGGGAGGUGUUGGGACGGGAUUUGGCGGUUGCAAAGUUCAAUGCGGACCAAGAUGGUGAUGCGCAGGCGUCCGGUAACGCAGAAGGAGGGGCAGCUGGUGAGAACAAUGGCGGAUGGGAGGAUGCGCAGAAGUGGCAGCAGGCGGAUGAGGAAGAGCCUCCCAUGGAGGUGGAAGGUGCUGGAGAGGCCGAUGGGGCUAUCGAUAAGGAAGAAAGAAAGCGCUUGAAGAAGGAGAGAAGACAGGCUGAGAAGAGGUCCAAGGCUAAGGGUGGCGACGCUUAAAGAAUUCAAGAUAUAUUGACUGGAUGGCUGUCUGUUUUUUUAUUUUUCUGGUUCAUUUGCAUCGAUCUUCGGCUGUUGGGUUUCUUCUUUUGUCUUCUACGAAGCAUACUACCACUGGCGCAUUCUUGGACGAGAUGCCUCAUUGGAGGCUGAUCAGGAGUUCUUCUUCUUGCUUUCAUUAUUCCUAUGAUCAAAAACAAAAGUUCAACCAUUUCCUUACUGCUAUAUCCGAAAGUCUUUCAUAUUCAAACCACUCACACCACCAAACACCAUCAAAA